AUGGUUGUAAGAUCACUAAAUGUGGAUAAAGACCCAUUCCUCCCUCGGAAAAACGAUGAAGAAAUCCUUGGUCCUGAAUCACCAUACUUAAGUGCAAUAGGGGCAUUGAUGUACCUUGCUAGUCAUAUGAGACCUGACAUAUCAUUUUCGGUAAAUCUGUUAGCAAGGUUUAGCUCAUGUACGUCCAACUCGAAUGCAUUGGAAUGGGAUAAAGAAUCUACUUCUUCUAACCAUGCAGAAAUUUUAGCUAGCCAUGAAACUAGUCGUGAAUGUGUAUGGUUAAGUUAUGUAAUUCAACAUAUAAAAGAAUAUUGUGGCAUAUCCAUAGGGAAAGAAGCCCCAAUUGUUAUAUAUGAAAAUAAUGCAACAUGCAUUGUACAACUCAAGGAAGGGUACAUCAAAGGUGAUAGAACAAAACACAUUUUACCUAAAUUCUUCUUCACCCAUGAACUGCAAAAGAAUAAUGAUGUACAGGUUCUACAGAUUCGUUUAAGUGAAAAUUUGGCAAACCUAUUUACCAAGGCGCUUCCAACAUCUACUUUCAAGAAAUUAGUUUACCAUAUUGGAUUUCGUCAUCUUAAAGAUCUCAAGUUAUGUAAUCAUGAGGGGGAGUAG